AUGGGCUGGUCGAAUAAUGGAGGAGUGCCUCCGGGGUUUAGAUUUCACCCGACAGAAGAGGAGCUUCUUCAUUACUACUUGAAGAAGAAGCUUUCGUAUCAGAAGUUCGAGAUGGAAGUUAUCAGAGAGGUUGACUUGAACAAGAUCGAGCCUUGGGAGUUACAAGAAAGAUGCAGGAUAGGAUCAACACCACAGAACGAGUGGUAUUUCUUCAGCCACAAGGACAGGAAAUAUCCGACGGGAUCAAGGACAAACCGUGCCACAAGCUCCGGGUUCUGGAAAGCGACAGGACGAGACAAGUGCAUAAGGAACUGCUACAAAAAGAUAGGAAUGAGGAAGACUCUUGUAUUCUACAAGGGAAGAGCUCCUCAUGGCCAGAAAACCGAUUGGAUCAUGCACGAAUACCGUCUUGAAGAUAACGGUGACGACCCUCAAGCCAACCCUAGUGAAGAUGGAUGGGUGGUUUGUAGAGCGUUCAAGAAGAAGAACUUGUUCAAGGUAAGGAACGAGGAAGGUUCAAGCAUUAACUCAUCAGAACAAGACAAUAAUGGGCUUCAGGCUCGUGGAUUUAUGCACAGAGACAGUCAGUAUCACCUACACCAGACAACCUUUGAACUCAACAAGCCUGAACUUGCUCUUCACUACCCUCCAAUAUCCACCAUGUUCCAGUCCCAAGCUAUAAUCCCUUCAUCACACAAGCCGCCGCCUUCCAUCGUGUACGACUAUUCCUCGGGCCUUCCACGAGACUGCAGCCACGAGAGCGCAGCCAGCGAGGGGCUGCAGUACGGGCAAGGGUGUGAACCGACGGGCUUAGAGGUCGGCACGGGUGAAUGGGCAAUGCUUGACAGGCUUGUGACUUAUCAUAUGGGAAAUGAAGAUUCCUCGAGAGGCAUGACGAACAACUCUUCGUCCGUUCAACCGGAUGGGAAUCAGCUCUCGUUGGGAGGGGAGAUGGAUUUCUGGGGAUUCGCUAAAUAGGUGCUUGUACUUGGUUAAUUACAUGUUCCAUUUAUUUCAUUCUCUGUGGUUUAGAAGCGAAUUGCUUUCACAAAACAAUGUCACUGUUGGAUUCAAUAACAAA